CUUCGAGCUUUUUUUCUAGCUCAGGCUUGGCGCAAUUCAAGGUUCACCUAGAAGAACCUUGCGUCAGGCAAAGACGCUCCGACUACUCUAGGGUUUCUUUCGUUCGUCGUCGAGUCGAGCGAGCCCACGCGACGUUAUAGCGACCAAUCAGAAGCGCCGGUUGUCUUCAGCAACGGUCAGCAGCUGGCGUGUCUGUCUUCCGUCCUUCGGCUCUUCUCAGCACGACCGCUACGUGUCGCAGUGUCGUUUUCGCGCAACGUGAUCACGCAGUUGCUCUCUGACUGUGGCUAGAGCAGUUUUUUUUUCGCGAAGCUUAUCGUAGUCCCAACAAGUAGCCGCUCCCGAAAAUCACCCUGGUGUGUUCCCAGCGCACGCAAGAAGUCAUCUGGCGUGGAGUCCCACCGGCCGUCCACGCUUAUAUCUCAAGGCAAGCAGUCUGUCGGGCCGAUAAUCGAGCAGCAGAUAGAUGCGAAAGCUGGUGACCUUCCCCAAGCAGCCCUCCGAAGACAUGGGCGACAAGGGCAGCCCUCAUCACAACCCGACGCAGCAGACGGGACAGGCGGGCCAGACCUGGAUCAAGGAAGAGCUGCCCGAUGAGGAGCAAGAUGUCAACCAUGACUCUCCCGUGGACCUUCAACAGCAGGAUCCGUCAGCGGUGCACCCGUCCAACGGGUCCGGUUCUUCCCCCGAGAGAGACGAAGGAUUCGCUGGAGUCGAACAGCAUUCGGAGGACCCAAGGCACGAUGCUUCGUCGCCCAUCAAAUGCGAAUCACUGGAGCCCGAAGGCCAGGAGACAGCGGUCUCGAGGAGUUCGGGAGUGGCAGAGACAGCCAUCUACUACGCGCCCAAGUACACGGGGAGUUACGGCGACGGAUACUACCAGACGCCGACGCCUUUGUCGAGUUCUCAUAUCGUGGAAGGCGCCCCGUCGACAGUGCUGAGGUACCAACCGGCUUCCGGUGCGGUUCACUCGGCUCCCUACUACCCUCCGGUGUCAUCCUCGGGGAUGUCCUCGGGGCCAACGAGAGAGGCCUCUAACAUUCUGGAGGAUCCGAACCCGACCUACUCCCACCUUACUCCAGCAAGCACGGAGCCGCUGUCCUACUCUCCCAGCAGCCCUUACCAGCAGAUGCAGCAGCCGAAUCACAAGUCUUACCACCAGUACUCACCCCAAGAGUCGUCCUCGCCUUCUAGUCCCGUCAUGAUGACGGCCACGAACGCAAUGUGGACCGCCCAGACGCCUCCGCCGCAGCAUCAAGAGGACUACGUGUCCGCGGCCAAGAUGAAUAGCAGUUCGGGUUUGCCUUCGAUGACGACAGCGAGGAUUCAGCACUCGUCGCAGCACCAGAUGAGUCCACCCAGGACGCAAGUGAAUGGAAUGAGCCACCAGUACGGCCAGUACCUGGGCUUCGAGCAUGGAGGUCAGGCCACGGCUGUGCAGUGGAGUCAUGGAAUGGAUGCCAGCGGUGCGGCCAUGACGGGUCUCACUUCCUAUACGGCGCUGGUGGGCGACAAGAGGGCAUCUCUCGCGGACCUGGAGUACUUUGGCGGCGAGGGCCGGGAGUGCGUCAACUGCGGCGCCAUUUCGACGCCGUUAUGGCGCCGCGACGGCACGGGCCACUACCUCUGCAACGCCUGCGGCCUCUACAACAAGAUGAACGGCGCCCACAGGCCCAUCAUCAAGACUCCCAGGAGACUGUCGGCGUCGCGUCGCGUGGGCCUUACGUGCUCCAACUGUGAAACGAGCACCACUUCCCUGUGGAGGAGGAACAAUGUCGGGGAGCCCGUGUGCAACGCCUGUGGGCUCUACUUCCGACUACACGGGGUGAACCGACCACUGGCGAUGAAGAAGGACAGCAUCCAGACCAGAAAGCGCAAGCCGAAGAACUCUUCUUCAGGCUCCGGGUCUUCUGGAGUCAAGGGGCUGGAGAACCCAGGGUCUGUGGGCGGCGUCAGCGGACUCGGCCUGUCUCUCAGCUCCGGAGGUGUCCUGGUGGGCAGCGGAUCUCUGGAGGAACGCCAGCCGCAGCACCACCCUGCGCAGCAGCAGGCGCAGAUCCAUGGCACCACUCGCAUCCCAGAACCGUCCUUAGCCGACAUGAACGGGCUGCUGAACAAGAACGGUCCGCUGCCGCACAUCAGCCUGGGUCUGCCGUUCAGCUUCAGCCAGGCUUCCCUGACCUCCAGCGGCGUGCCCCUGUCUACUAGUCACACAGUGAGCAGCAAUGCCCGGAUACCGUCCGUCAUGACCCUGUCGUCCCUGGUCGCCUACGGUGCCAACCCACUCCGGCCAUCGGGACACUACGCUUCGUCGGCCAUUGUAACCUCACCGACGCUCAGCGCGCUCGAAUCGCCGCAAACCACUGACCAGAGGACGGCCAGUCUGAUGACGCUCAGCUCGUGAAUGUCGUAGCAGUCAACACUUCUUCAUAAUGUACAGUGUUGAAGGGGGACUCGGCGUAGUUCUUGUAGCUCUUGUAGCUCAUCUAGCUCUCGUGUGUUGCCGACGCUCCGCAUGCUCAAGCCGGCUCGAGCCGCUGACGAGAAGACCUCCAGCAUGAUGACGCUCAGUUCGUGGAUAGCCUAGCAGCCAGCACCUCUUCGUAAUACACAGUGUUGAAGAAAAAAAAAGCACGCUAUAAGUUCAGAGAUGGUGUCGUCUAGGUAAUCGUCGUAGGCGGUAUUACCAGUCUCGAUGCGUACUGUCUAAUGUUACCGUUAGACUUGAGGACAACCAUGGGACAAGCAUUUCUGCCGUUGCUGUGGACAGUAAAUAGUCCGCUUCAGGCUUCAAGUAAAAAAACGGCGGGUCAGAAACUCGUGUGAACGCAUCAAGCUUAAUUAAAAAAAUACGCGAAGCGCGCGAAAAAUAAAAAGGAAAAAGGGAACUGUGCGUCCUUAUGAUAACGACCAAUUAAGUAGAUAUCUUGCGUAUCCAUGUAGGCACCCGUUUUAGGGUGUACCACGGCCCGCAGCUGGAUGAUGCCUCGCAUUGCAAGUCUCUGCUGGUGUGGUUCGUAUUGGAACGUGCGUAGGCGCGACGUCUGGGUGCUGGUGACAAUGCAGUGUCAUAAGUCAUUUUCUGUCCGAGGCAUAUGCGUCAAUAGGAGUUCGGCUGAAAUGGAGAGCCUGGAACAACUUUAAUGUCCAGUUCAUUAUUCGAGGAUUUAGAUUACAAAUUACCUUAAAUAAUAAUAAAAAGCUCACAAUCAAACAUUUUCGCCUUUUUUUAUGCUUAUUACGGGUGUUCGCGUAAUUGGAUUUUCGUCGUUAUUUCUUGCGUCUGCUCGAGCGAGUAUUUUUGUCGAUCAGGGGUCACAACUGGUUCGUCUGCCUGAUGCAACAAAUAAGUUGCAUUAGGGUGCGUAAAUGUUGCCAAAGAGAUCACCAAAAAUAUUUUUUUCUUUGUGCAACCGAUGUUUGGGUGCUUGUGUCAACGAAUAAAAAUGUAUUUGGGCGAAUGAGUCGCGCGAGCUUUUUGUUCUGUGUAUAUAAAUCCAAUACUCAAUCGCACUUUAUUUUUCAAUUAUGACUCGCGUAAAUGUUGUUUGUUGCUCAUGAAAUUUGAUAGUUUACAAAUUUCUCCUCCUGGUGUUUUCCGCAGGGAUUCGAUAAGUAGUAGGAUGUUUUCAAAACGAAGUAAAACUCUGUGCCAUAACUACAACGACAGAAGUGACUCAACGAAGUGAGCGCCCUCUGUUAUUUUGCUGUUUUUCUUAUGUAUAGUCUCCGCGACGUGAACUACACGUCUGCUCAAUUUUCCUUAAAAUGCACUAGAAAGACACCGAAAAUAUGUUGUUAAUGUGACGAAAAAACUGAAAUAAAUAUAGUCAUGCAUUUUCAAGUCUCCAAAGCCAUGACCGCUGCUGGGGUUCCGACUUCGUUUGUUUUUCAUGUGUUUCUUUUUCCUUUCGCACUCUGUCUUUUUUUUUUUUAUUAAUCGUUAAUUGAUUUUGUUCCUGCAAAUGCAAAUUCGCCGUUGCGUCUCUUGUACAAAAUUAAUUGAACUUUUACUGCACUAUAUGCAAAUUCAAGUUGAUGUAGGUAUCAAGGUUAUAACCACGUCCUUUUUGUGAAAUUCCUUUCCCGAUCAUACAAGUCCUAAGGUUCUUUGCCCGCCAAGCCUCAGUCGAAUUGGCCUUUGGUGCUAAUAUUUCUUUAUUAGUCAUCAAUAAUCUUUCUUUCUCUAUUUUUUUUUUUUUUUUAUCUAGGUUCUCGCGUAUCUGGGUUUCUGGCAAAGCUUUUCGGAACGUAUAUCGAGCCAAGGCCUCCUUAUCAGGAAUAAGCACCUAAUUUGUUUAGCGGAUGACUAUCAUAAGCUCAAAGUUCGCGUUGUAUGUAGGUCAGGGUUGCCUCCUUCGCACGAGAGCGCCAUCGUCUGCUCACAAUUUGUCCUCUGCGAUUUCGCCUGUGAGAUUAGAGGCGGGAAAAGUCAAGGAGCCACUACGCUGUGUAAUUGUCCACUUGCUUGUCUUUGUUUAUUAACGCUAUGGUGGCACAUUAGCUUAUACUAAAAUGUACACUGGACGGUGGGGCUCGGAGCAAAGAUUGAACGGUUUUUCUACAGAAUGUUCACUACCAUGCUUGCUUGUUCCUCACUUUUUUUCUUGUAUCAUCUUAUAAAAGCGUGUCGCUCAGUGGCAAUUUUUUUUUCUUGACGUACCAUGUUGGAGGAGUGCCUUGAACUGGUGAAAUUAAAGUACAAACUGUGGCGCAA